GUCACAAAUAAAAAUGUCAACAGUUCCGAAUUAUUAGUUUUCAUUAUAUUUGAUAACAAAGACACAAACAGAUGGGCUUACGAGUGUAGAUACAAAUGUUAUUAUAAAAGCCGUAUAAAAACCCGUUAACAAAAUAUGUACGAAAUAUCACACAGUAAAAAGUUUUCUAAACAAUGGCUUUCUUAAAAAGCACUUAUUCAAAAUAUCAAGAGAACAAAUUAAAAUUUGAACAUACAAGUAGUUUUAAUAAUUAUUUCAUUUGCCAUUAUUGUGAAAGAAAGUUUUUAAAAAGACAAAUUAUUGAGGAGCAUGUGAUAUCUUGCCUUAGUGAUCGUACGUGUAAGUGGUGUAGUAUAGUUUUUAAAAAUCGUGGCAAUCUUGUUACACAUGCGUACUACAUCCACAACGACGAAAGUCUCAAGAAGAAACAGCUACCGUCCAAUACGUGCAGUGCCUGUGAGAAGUCAUUCACUAACAAAGGAGGAUUGAAAUAUCACAUAAGGCGAUCACACUUCAAUCUCGUCACAAAAGUUCCAUUAUACAAAAGGAAACAAAUCAAUCAAGUAUGGUUCGAAAAAGUUUUGAACACGGACAGUAUUGUAGAAAUAAAGAAAUCAGGUGAUAAUGUACUUUUAAUAAGAAAAUAUACAGAUAACAAGCAAAUAAGGGUACGAGAACGCAAGCUCCUGUUGGAUGUAACAUCCUUCUAUCCGACGGGAAAUCCUGUAACAACGACCAAGUGUGAAAUUUGUAACAUGGUGAUAUUAGAUAGGGACUUCAAGAAGCAUUACGAUGAAAAGCAUGGUGAUGUAAAGAAACAUCACUGCAAUAAUUGUAAUAUGACAUUUAAAAGGUCGUACUUCUUUGUUCGUCACUCGUGUAAUAAAAAGAAACGGAGAAGAAAUAAAUUACAAUGUAAGAUUAGUAAAAUUGAGAGCUUAAAGCCAAUACAGGUAUGAUAAUAGCUGGUUAAAUAUAUACAUACAUACAUAUAUGUGUAUGCAAAAUAAAUGGAUUUCAGAUGAUUAAUUCCAUUAUCAACAUCCAGUUUGUUACUAUAGGCUAUUCCAAUGGUAGAAGGAGUAUAAAUAAACAAUGUUGUCCUUGAGACGACAACAUUGAUCGAAAUCUUAAUAAUCUUUGGUAUUCAUUGUGGGUGUCGGUGGUUGUUAUCGGAUUUGGAAAUAACAUGAGAGUGUAUAUAUAAGUGGUGAAGUGUAAUUGUGUUGUGUUAUAUACUAUAGAGAUAUAUUAAUCGAGAACUGUUCGUAGUGCGUAAUACAGCAGAGGUAUUAGCGAAACUUCUGUAAGUUUUGUUUAUCUUUACUCCUUCUUACAUUGGAAUAGAGUAUUUUAUAUGUUAAUUAAUUUAAAUUACUUUAAUGUUAUUAUAAUUUAAUAAUAAUUAAUUACAAAUGAUAAUAAAAUAGAGCCAAGAUGGCUUGGUGUGUGAGGUUUGUGGGUUUAAUAGCGGGCUACCCUCUGAAAUAUCAUAAUAAAUCUCAGUGGUUAAGGAACAAUUUGUGUGUUUCAGUUUUUAUGUGUCGGAUAAAAUGUGUAUCCACCAACCUGCAUUGGAGGAGUAUCGUGGAUUAAGGUCCAAUUUCUUCUCCUCAAAUAUAUAAUAAUAAUUCUGAAAUAUUUUUAAUAACUGAGUUAUUUGUAUAUAAUUAUGGUUAUGACGCCUUAGGCUAAGAACUCGCGAAGUGGUAUUCAGACGCGUCCGCCGCGGUGAUCAGCUGUUCUAUUUCUAAACUACGAGACCGCAGUUCUGUUCGCUUACCGCGCGUCGCUCGCAAAUUCGGCGGUCGACUGUCGCGAGACGAGUGUUUAUACAAUAUGGCUUCAGAUUUCUGUACGCGGAACGUCCAAAAACCGAUCGAAAAAAGCGGGGCGAAGCCCGACGCUGCGGAUGCCCGCGACUCGCGUGUCUCUACUAGUCGCCAUUAGCAGUGAGACCUGCAACCGCAUACGUUGCGGGCGUUAAACGUGUCGUGAAAUGUAUUCAACUUUUUACAUACAUAUCUGCAUUCUACAGAGCCGCGGUCCCGUAACCGCAGCGGGCGCGGGUGAAAACCGCUUCGUGAGUUCCUAGCCUUAAGAUUAUUUCGUUUGAUAUCAGUAAUUUAGUGUUAGGAUUUCGAUUAUAUGUUCUCUUUUUAAAAUUAUUUAGACGUUUGCCUAUAUAUACACUAGUAAAUAAGUAUGUAUAGACUAACCCUUACAGUAACAAUGUUGAACCAAUCUGAUGAUAUAUACCCCUUGUGCCUGUAACGGCUCUACACAGUAUUGCUGUUGUACGUCAACACUGAGAGUUCCAUAUUUAAAUAUGAAGUGUAGGAGGGGGGGGGGGGGGGUUGUAGUGUUUUGAUGUGUUAAGUAUUGGUCAUAGAGACUGUGCGUUCCAUAUUUAAAUAUGAAGUGUUGGAGGGGGGGGCGGGUGUAGUGUUUUGAUGUGUUAAGUAUUGGUCAUAGAGACUGUGCGUUCCAUAUUUAAAUGUUAAGUGUGCGGCAGGGAGUUUGUUAUAUAAUAUGAUGGCCUUUGUGAUAACAUACAUAUGGUAAAAAGAGAGAUAUUGACAAGGUAUCUUCGUCUCUUUCUAGGGAGUGCUAAAUUUUUGAGGUUGUCAUAUAUUCUCUAUACCCAUAUAUACUCCGAUAUACUCCUACGUAGCCUUUUCACGGUCUCCUACCGUCCGCUUUUCGGCUCGUCUUCCAUUCCGCUAUAUCAAGGACGUCUUCGGAUGUCAGAACUCAUCAUGUCAAUUCGCAAUCAUCGCUUUGGUCUUCCACCUCGUUGCUGGUAUGUUAAGGUUGAUUGCCAUUAUGUACUCAGGUGUACUUUUUUUAUGACCGUACACUUAAGUCGAUUUUCUUGGAGCUUGGCGAGGUCAGAAAUGCCGAGAGUACGCAUUCAAAUCAAAUCAUAAUACUACCACCGUUUCGGAAUGUAGAUUCUACUGAGGAUCCGGUAAUAAUCCGGUCCGUUACGGAUUCUAUCGAAUAUCGUCAUGUCAGUUUUAAUAUGGUUUGUGAUUCUCAUCACUGACUUAUAAAUUUAACGUUUGUAUGUGUGCGUCUGUCUAUGGCAUCGUAGCGCCUAAACGGAUUACCCGAUGGUGUUUUUUUUUUGUUUGAUAGGUUACUCAUUUUUAAUAAUAUAUGCUAUAUCUAAUAAACAAUGAUUAUAAUAUAAUUUUACUACUAUAACUUGUACAAUAAAUAUUAAUAUAAUAUAAUAAUAAUGAUAUUUAAUUAUUUAUUAUUUCUACAAAAACUGCUAUACUAAUUAAUAUUAUCAAUCUUUAAAUUUCCAAAUGAGGUUGCAAGGUGUCGUUUAUAUAUAUAUAUGUUUUUUUUUUCUUUUAAUCGUAUUUUAAAUUCGGGAAAUUACCGCGUGCUGUAUCGUUCGUCAACGGUCGUUUUAUGACUGGGACUUUUGUAUGUCAUACUUUAAUGUUUUGUUAUUUUUUUUUU